CCUGAUGACACUCGUGUUUCACAAUAUAAAAUAAGAUUUCACGGAGUAUAAUAGUAAUUGAAGAAUUAUAAGAAAAAUAUCCGAGAAGAAGAUAAUUGUAACGUAUAAUGAAGUCAAUUUUGAUCACGGGCUGCAACCGUGGAAUUGGAUUAGGUUUUGUGAAACACCUAGUGAAACAGUCGCAACCACCAGAAAAUAUUUUCGCAACUUGCCGAGACGUGAAUAAAGCAAGGGAAUUAACUACAUUAGCUGAGAAAUCAAAAAAUAUUCAUAUCAUCGAAAUAGAUGUAACAAAUAUUAAAGAUUACGAUAAAUUAGUACAAAUUGUGAGCGAAAAAGUAGGCAAAGCAGGACUAAAUGUCUUGUACAAUAAUGCCGGGAUUAGUACAAAAUUUACAAGACUCGGUCUUGUCAAAGAAGAACAGCUUAUAAAACAAUUUUAUGUAAAUACAAUAGCACCAAUUAUGUUAACAAAAGCGUUUUUACCACUGUUGAAAAUAGCAUCUAAUAAUUUUGCAGACAAAUCAAAAAUGAAUAUUAACAGAGCUGCAGUUAUUAACAUGUCUUCAAUUCUUGGAAGUAUUGCUGAAAAUAAUGAAGGUGGAUAUUAUCCAUAUAGAUGUAGUAAGGUAGCACUUAAUGCAGCUACAAAAUCAAUGAGCAUUGAUUUAAAGCAAGAUGGAAUCCUCGUCGCAUGUUUUCAUCCUGGUUGGGUGCGUACAGAUAUGGGCGGUAACGGGGCACCCAUGGAUAUUGAUACUAGUGUUAAUAACAUCUUAAAAACAUUAAAUACAUUAACUAAAAAACAUACAGGUUGUUUUAUACAAUAUGAUGGAAAAAUUUUACCUUGGUAAACAUAUGUUUAUCUUAUAAUCUUAAUAAGAUAUAUAUUUUAUUUUAUUUAAUUUAAAAAAAUAUAUUUUUAUGAUUAUUUUUAUUAA